AUGUAUGGUGGCUAUCAGGAACCAAAGCACAAGAAGCUCUUUCUGAUAAGUAAGCAGCAGCUCCAGACAAUCAAAGAUCGUUUCCAGGCCUUUCUCAAUGGAGAAACCCAGAUUGUGGCAGAUGAAGCAUUUAUAAACGCUGUCCAGAGCUACUACGAGGUAUUCCUGAAAAGCGACCGCGUUGCCAGGAUGGUGCAGAGCGGAGGGUGCUCAGCAAACGACUCCCGGGAGGUCUUCAAGAAGCACAUUGAGAAGAGAGUGCGCAGCCUGCCAGAAAUUGAUGGCCUCAGCAAGGAGACAGUGCUGAGCUCCUGGAUGGCAAAGUUUGAUGCUAUUUACCGUGGGGAGGAGGAUCCCCGGAAGCAGCAGGCCAGGAUGACAGCGAGCGCUGCCUCGGAGCUCAUUCUCAGCAAGGAGCAGCUCUAUGAGAUGUUCCAGAACAUUUUGGGGAUCAAGAAAUUUGAGCAUCAGCUUCUCUACAAUGCAUGUCAGCUGGACAACCCUGAUGAGCAAGCAGCACAGAUCAGACGUGAGUUAGAUGGACGUCUCCAAAUGGCAGAACAAAUUGCUAAGGAGCGCAAGUUUCCCAAGUUUGUGUCCAAAGAAAUGGAGAACAUGUACAUUGAGGAGCUGAAGUCAUCUGUCAAUCUCCUGAUGGCAAACUUGGAGAGCAUGCCUGUGUCUAAAGGAGGCUCUGAGUUCAAGCUGCAGAAGCUGAAACGUAGCCACAACACCUCAAUAAUUGACAUGGGAGAGGAAAAUGAGAACCAGCUUUCCAAGUCAGACGUCGUGUUGUCGUUCUCCCUGGAGGUUGUCAUCAUGGAGGUGCAGGGGCUGAAGUCGCUGGCCCCCAACCGCAUCGUGUACUGCACCAUGGAAGUUGAAGGUGGGGAGAAGCUGCAGACAGACCAGGCUGAAGCCUCAAAGCCAACCUGGGGCACCCAAGGAGACUUCACAACAACCCAUGCGCUUCCUGCAGUGAAGGUGAAGCUGUUCACGGAGAGCACAGGAGUGCUGGCUCUGGAGGACAAAGAGCUUGGGAGGGUUGUUCUCCACCCUACUCCUAAUAGCCCAAAACAGUCAGAGUGGCACAAGAUGACUGUUUCCAAAAACUGCCCCGAUCAAGACCUGAAGAUCAAGCUUGCUGUGCGAAUGGAUAAGCCUCAAAACAUGAAGCACUCUGGGUAUUUAUGGGCCAUUGGUAAAAAUGUUUGGAAGAGAUGGAAGAAACGAUUCUUUGUCCUGGUCCAGGUUAGUCAAUAUACAUUUGCUAUGUGCAGCUACCGGGAGAAAAAAGCAGAACCUCAAGAGCUGCUGCAGCUCGACGGAUACACUGUGGACUACACCGACCCGCAGCCAGGUUUGGAUGGUGGCAGAACAUUCUUCAACGCUGUGAAGGAAGGAGACACGGUGAUUUUUGCGAGUGACGAUGAGCAAGACCGAAUCCUGUGGGUCCAAGCCAUGUACCGAGCCACUGGCCAGUCCCACAAACCUGUGCCACCUACCCAAGUGCAAAAGCUAAAUGCUAAAGGAGGAAAUGUACCCCAGAUAGAUGCUCCAAUUUCUCAAUUUUCUGGACUCAAGGAUGCAGAUAGAGCUCAAAAGCAUGGCAUGGAUGAAUUUAUCUCUUCCAAUCCCUGUAACUUUGACCACGCUUCACUCUUUGAGAUGGUUCAGCGCCUCACUUUGGACCACAGACUUAAUGAUUCCUAUUCUUGUCUGGGCUGGUUUAGUCCUGGCCAGGUCUUUGUGCUAGAUGAGUAUUGUGCACGUAAUGGAGUGAGAGGCUGUCACAGACAUCUCUGCUACCUCAGAGAUUUGCUAGAGCGCGCAGAAAACGGAGCUAUGAUUGACCCCACCUUACUUCACUACAGCUUUGCCUUUUGUGCAUCACAUGUUCAUGGCAACAGGCCUGACGGGAUAGGAACUGUGACCGUGGACGAGAAGGAGCGUUUCGAGGAGAUCAAGGAGCGGCUUCGUGUGCUGCUGGAGAAUCAGAUCACACAUUUCAGGUACUGCUUUCCAUUUGGCCGUCCAGAGGGUGCACUGAAAGCCACUCUGUCGCUGCUGGAGAGGGUUCUGAUGAAAGACAUAGUUACUCCGGUCCCUCAAGAGGAGGUAAAAACAGUCAUCCGUAAAUGCUUGGAGCAAGCAGCUCUAGUCAAUUAUACUCGACUAUCAGAGUAUGCCAAAAUUGAAGGGAAAAAGAGAGAAAUGUAUGAGCAUCCUGUCUUCUGCUUGGCCUCUCAAGUGAUGGAUUUAACCAUUCAGAAUCAAAAGGAUGCAGAGAAUGUAGGCCGGUUAGUCACACCAGCUAAAAAGUUAGAAGAUACAAUACGUCUGGCAGAGUUGGUAAUUGAAGUCCUACAGCAAAACGAAGAGCACCAUGCAGAGGGGAAAGAGGCCUUUGCUUGGUGGUCAGACCUAAUGGUUGAGCACGCGGAGACCUUCCUGUCGCUGUUUGCCGUGGAUAUGGAUGCAGCGUUAGAGGUGCAGCCCCCAGACACCUGGGACAGCUUCCCACUCUUCCAGCUCAUAAACGAUUCCCUCCGUAGUGACUAUAAUUUGUGCAAUGGAAAAUUCCACAAACACCUCCAAGACCUGUUUGCUCCACUUGUUGUUAGAUAUGUCGAUCUGAUGGAGUCCUCAAUUGCACAGUCAAUUCACAGGGGCUUUGAGCGGGAGUCAUGGGAGCCAGUAAAGAGUUUAACAAGUAAUCUGCCCAAUGUGAAUCUACCAAAUGUGAAUCUCCCUAAAGUACCAAAUCUACCAGUUAACAUCCCACUAGGCAUCCCACAAAUGCCUAGCUUUUCUGCACCGUCAUGGAUGGCUGCUAUUUAUGAUUCUGACAAUGGAUCAGGCACCUCAGAAGAUAUGUUCUGGAAACUUGAUGCCCUACAGACCUUCAUCCGGGAUUUGCACUGGCCUGAGGAGGAGUUUGGGAAGCACUUAGAGCAACGCUUGAAGCUCAUGGCGAGUGACAUGAUCGAGUCCUGUGUGAAAAGAACAAGGAUUGCAUUUGAAGUAAAACUGCAGAAAACCAGCCGAUCAACAGAUUUCCGAGUCCCUCAAUCAAUAUGCACCAUGUUUAAUGUCAUGGUGGAUGCCAAAGCUCAGUCUACAAAGCUUUGCAGUAUGGAAAUGGGCCAAGAGUUUGCAAAAGAGUGGCACCAGUACCAUUCAAAAAUAGAUGAACUAAUUGAGGAAACCGUCAAAGAAAUGAUAACACUCCUAGUGGCAAAGUUUGUCACCAUUUUGGAAGGAGUCUUGGCCAAACUGUCUAGAUAUGACGAAGGAACAUUGUUUUCUUCAUUCCUGUCAUUUACUGUGAAGGCUGCUUCCAAAUACGUGGAUGUACCCAAGCCAGGAAUGGAUGUUGCUGAUGCCUAUGUGACAUUUGUCCGCCACUCUCAGGAUGUCCUGCGUGAUAAGGUCAAUGAGGAGAUGUAUAUAGAAAGGUUAUUUGAUCAAUGGUACACCAGCUCCAUGAGUGUUGUGUGCACUUGGCUGACAGACCGCAUGGACCUGCAGCUCCACAUCUACCAACUGAAAACUCUCAUUAGGAUAGUAAAGAAAACAUACCGCGAUUUCCGAUUGCAAGGCGUGCUGGACUCCACCUUGAACAGCAAAACCUACGAGACCAUCCGGAACCGGCUGACGGUGGAGGAGGCCACGGCGUCGGUCAGCGAGGGCGGGGGGCUGCAGGGCAUCACCAUGAAGGACAGCGAUGAGGAGGAUGAGGAGGACGACUAGGGAAGCUGGAGCAGCGGCUGGGCUCGCCUGGUAUCCGUGCAUGUACCUCGUCUGUAACUCAGUUAGCCACAUUAGGAAUUUUUAUGUCAGCUCUAAAUGCCCAUGAGAAGUUUACCAAUACAAAUGCCAUGUUAGCUGUGUGGUAAUAAGAUUAGCACCUCUCUUUGAUUCAUCAGUUUCCUAAUUUCAUAUCUAUAUGUUCAUAAGCAAUAUGGAGCACCAUUGUUUAAUACUGUUAAUGGAAAAACUACAUAGAAAACAUCCUAGGUGUGUCCCUGUUAUUAAAGUUUAAACAAUGCUUCAUUAAUGUACUGUAUAUACAUUGAUGGUAAAUUGUUGUGAAGAUGAGUGACUCGAGUCCUUUCAUUUCUUUCUCUUCUGUGGAUGCCAACUGCUUAAAAUUAAUUAAAAAAACAGCUUUGUUUUUAAAAGAAA